AGCCUGGUUGCUAGGUGUUUUGGCGUCUUCCUGUGGAUGGUUGCUAGCAGAUGGUGCUGUGCUGUUAUUAGCCAAGCAGCUAGCUAACGUUACAUUUUAGAUUCUUGCAGAAAUUAUAAAAUGUUGCCAGUGUUAUAAUAAAUUAUAAAUCCGUACGAGUCAAUGAGUUGCUAGCAUCGUAACAAAUGGCAAUGUAAAUAAGGCCGAGUGUUGACAUGAAUUCGAGAGAAACUUUGGAAAUGGGGGACAUCAUGGCAAAUGAAGCUGAUCUACUAGGAAUGAUCAAGGAGUAUCUGAAGUUUGGAGAAUUUGACGAAACUGUUAGACACUUUGAGAAAGAGUGCAAAGGCAAAGGAAAGCUUGUUCCAAAACCUCAAGGAAACACUCUAAGGGAUUCCAAAACCCUCAUUAUUCAGAAGGACCUGCUGAGCUCAUUUGACGAUGGAGACCAGAAGGUUUUCUUUGAGCUGUGGAUAGAGUAUGUGCCUUCAGAGGUCCGGGACUAUGAGCCCCUCGCCCAGAAACUGGAGUUUUACCUCCAUAUCCACUUCACUCUGUUUCCUCUGAAGAACCACCUUGGGAGACAUGACCGGGCAGAGUUUGAAGGAAGGAUCUCCCACUUCAAGAAUUACCUGGAGACGCGGGGGGCCGCCCUGAGCCAGACCACUGAGUUCCUGCCCUUCUACGCCCUCCCCUUUGUCCCCAAUCCCACAGUGCACCCGUCCUUCAGAGACCUCUUCCAGGAAUCCUGGAUGCCAGAUUUGAAGAGAAAGCUGGAGCAGUUUCUGUCUGUGACUUUGAAACCCUCCAACACCCCAAGGCUGCUGACUUUAUAUAUGGAGGGAGGGAGGAGUGCCAAAGACACCAUGCUGAAUUUGCAGCUCCAGCUUGCCGAGUCAGAGAGGAAAGCUUCCAUCUACAUGAAGAGGUUAAACAAAAUACAGGUCGACUAUCACAACCUGAUAGGAGUUACCGCUGAGCUGGUGGACUCACUGGAAGCUACCGUCAGUGGGAAAAUGAUCUCCCCAGAGUACCUCCAGAGUGUGUGCGUGCGCCUCUUCAGCAGCCAGAUGAGGCAGAGCGCGGCCCAGAGCGUCGACUUCACCAGGCCCGGCACUGGAUAUUACUCUAUGAGUCCGUAUGAUGACGGCUAUGCAUCGUCCAUGCUCAGAGCCUCUAUCGUGCCACCGAGGCUUAAGGACGUGCCUCUUCUGCCUUCUCUGGACUAUGACAAGCUAAAGAGGGACCUGCUUGGAGGAUCAGACCGACUCAAAGGCCUGCUACUUCAGGCCCUGCGCUGGAGGCUGACCCGCUCCCUCCACGGAGAGCAGAGGGACACAGUGCUGCAGGCCUGCAUCAGCAACGACCUCCUGGACCGCUACAGCACCGGGCAGAGAACCGUACUCCACUUGAUGAGGUCAAAGAACGAGGUCGUCCGCCAGUACAUGGCUCGUCUCAUCAAUGCUUUCGCUUCCCUUGCAGAGGGGCGUGUGUACCUAUCCCAGGUGCCCUCUCUGUUGGGGCUUCUGAGCGAGGCCUUGAGGUUGGAAGACAAAGACUCAGUGACCAGAGAGAACGUUCUCGGAGCCCUCCAGAAACUCAGCCUGAGGCGGAGCCAGCAGUCGUCCAUGAUCGCUGACGACCUGAUUGGCUGGCUGGUGGAUGAGCUGCAGGAUUCAGACUGCCUGUCUGACUAUACCCUGGAGUACGCCGUAGCCUUACUCAUGAACCUCUGCCUGCGUACCAAAGGAAAAAGGAAGUGCGCUGAGAAUCCAAAACACGUGCUGAAGGUGUUGACGGACCUCCUGGGACACGAGAACCAUGAGAUUCGGCCAUAUGUGAACGGAGCCCUGUACAGCAUUCUAUGUGUUCACACCGUGCGAGAGGAAGCCAGAGAGAUGAGUAUGGAGGAGAUACUCCACUGCUACAGUAAAGAGGAGAACCCAGAGCUCAACAGGCAAAUUGAGUUCAUCGUCAAGCAGCUCAAUUCAGUUGAGGUGACAGAUGUGGGACCAGAGUCGGAUGACGAGGAGGAUGAUGAUGAUGAGGAGGAAGACAUGAUGGAGACCGACCUGGACAAAGAGGAAGUGCUUCAACCCCAGCCCCGAGAGCUCUCUGGAGAAGCCCUGCUCACCACAGAGUACCUAGGGAUCAUGACCAACAUGGCGAGGUUGAAAAGAAGGUCGGCGACUCCAGCUGCACAGUGUGUUGAUGAACCCCUGCAGAGACCGGUUACCCCCAGCUCACACAGAAACGCUCACGCCAUGGACUUCCGAGCUGGUAGUGAUGAGGGUGACAGAGGAGGAGGAGGGUGCCUCCUGAGAAGACCGCCAAGUGAUGAGAGCCUGGCCCCGUUCCACUCCAGCUCCAGGCCCCCCACACGCUCAGGCAGCCGACCCAGCAGCACCGACUCCCUACGCCACACCAUCGACUCCGAGGACGGACGCUUCUCCCAGGAUUCCGAGUUGGAUGGCUCGGACGGAGGCAGAGGUGAAGAGGGGAGGAGAGAGAGGAGCAACGGGCUUUCCCCUAGGCAGCCAGUCACACAGGAAGUGAAGAAGGGACCCUGUCAUCGCGGAAGCUGCCUAUCUCCCCGCGAACACCCAGCUUCCUGUCACCUGAUCCGCAGGUCAGGGCGACAUGACGGUGGGGAUCGGCCUCGGUUUGCGGAGGAGGAGAGGCUGGAGACAGAGAAGGGGUGGGGGGGGGAACAAUGCAGGAUUGUGUCUCUUCAGAGGGCCCCCUUUCAACCUCAGCACAGUGCAUGUCUGUAACACAACACGCCUGGGCAAUAAGCACAACAAGCCCCCCCCCCCCCCCCCCCGCCACAACAACCUACUCCUUCUUGACCCAGCCUUUCCCUUGACUUUCCCGCAAGGAAAUAUAUUUCCUUGUUGGACUAUGUCAAUAUACACCUUUUUAACUCUAUUCUCUCUAAUGAAUGACUCACUUUGGAAUGCUGUACUUGGGCAAUGGAAUCGGAGAGCUUCUGGUAUGCCGCAGUUCAGACCUAGCUAAAAUACGCAACUUUGGGAUGUCUUGACUGAUAAGGAAUGUUGCUCCAAGGCUUGUCUAGCUUUGCUUCCUCGUUCUUUCCCUGUCCAUCUGCUUCAGAAUUCGUCACCAGUAGAUUAAGGAAUUUGUGACUACUGUAAGAUUGAAGUUAGUGUUGAUGACUCCUAAAGGUGUUAUUGUAACUGUGUCCUGCCAGUAGAUGAGGGUAUAUGUUAAGGUAUUUAUCGUAGCUUUGUUUUGUUGUGACUGUUCGUUUACACAGAUAAUUGAAUCAAGAAGGUACUUGCUUUGAAUUUAAAGCUGGACUUUAUCAAUCUGUCACAAGAACUAUUGUUGUUGCUUUGUCCAAGUUUUUGUGUUCCUGUGGGACUUUAAAUCCUCAAAGGUAUAAUAUAUCCCAUGACAUGUUUUUAAACUGACUUGUUCAACCUAUUGAGUAAACAUAUCGAUGUAUGAAAAUGUGUGAUUAAUCCCUGAUUCUUUUGGGUUAAUGGCACAUGAUGUGUCUUAAAUGUGAUUAAAGUAAUUGAACAUACUUUAAUUUGAUCAUUCUUUUUUCUUUUCUUUUUUUUAAGGCAAAAGGCAUUGAUGAAAGCCGUUUUGACAGGAGUUGAUAGCCAUAGCAGUACGGUACACAGAGAUGACUAGGUCUACACUACAAAGAUAGCAACCAUACGAUAAAUACUCCACUCUCACCAUUGCCCUUGUUUCCCACCUUAUCCCUCUUUUUUUUUUACUUGUCAUGUCGCUUUACCAACAUUAGACAUACAUUAAUGAAGGGGGUGGGCGGGGGUGAUUAUUUCUCCCACAUAUAAAUAUUCUGUUUUGUAAAUGACCCUUUUUUGUGGAAAAUUGUCUUGAACUGAAUUUGCUUGUGUACAUAGCAGUGGAGAAUGUCCCAACUCCACAAAAUGUGUGGAUGUAUUGACUUUACUAUUAUGAACCUUUAAUAUUGGAUAUGAUUUAACUUAUGUUUGAGUAUUGUUUACAAGGAAGACUUCAGACUUGAAGAUGAUGUGCUUCAGCUGGACAAGUGUACGUUAUGUUACAUACAUGACAUUUAGCUUCUAUAGAUGGCAAUGCUUAAGUCACAGUUAUAUUGACUAACUUCCAAUGUGUUAGUAUGGACUUAUACCAAUACCAAUAUUGGAUUUCAACCGCUGAAUCUGAUAAACAUUUUCAAGAAGCAUGUUAGAGUUUUGAUAGUUUAUCCGAGUGCUUUCAUACACAACAUUCGCCAUUUUUGUUUGUUGCUUAUGAUGUAUUUUCAUAGUAAAUCAUAAUAUUUUUGUACGUGACCAAAAUAAAUAUGAAGUAUGUGUGUU